AUGGCGGCGGCGGAGCCGGCUGUCCCGGCGCUGGCUGGCGGCGGAGGCUCGGGCGGCGGGGCGCCGUCGGGCAGCAGCGUCCCGGUGCUCUUCUGCUUCUCCGUGUUCGCCCGACCUUCGUCGGUGCCGCACGGCGCGGGCUACGAGCUGCUCAUCCAGAAGUUCCUCAGCCUGUACGGCGACCAGAUCGACAUGCACCGCAAAUUCGUGGUGCAGCUCUUCGCCGAGGAGUGGGGCCAGUACGUGGACCUGCCCAAGGGCUUCGCGGUGGGCGAGCGCUGCAAGGUGCGCCUGGUGCCGCUGCAGAUCCAGCUUACUACCCUGGGAAAUCUUACACCUCCAAGCACUGUUUUUUUCUGCUGUGAUAUGCAGGAAAGGUUCAGACCAGCUAUCAAGUAUUUCGGGGAUAUUAUUAGUGUGGGACAAAGACUGUUGCAAGGAGCUCGGAUAUUAGGAAUUCCAGUUAUUGUAACAGAACAGUACCCCAAAGGUCUUGGAAGCACUGUUCAAGAAAUUGACUUAACAGGUGUAAAACUGGUUCUUCCAAAGACCAAGUUCUCAAUGGUGUUACCAGAAGUAGAAGCAGCGUUAGCAGAGCUUCCUGGAGUCAGGAGUGUUGUACUGUUUGGAGUAGAAACUCACGUGUGUAUCCAACAAACUGCUUUGGAGCUUGUGGGCCGAGGCAUUGAGGUUCAUAUUGUUGCUGAUGCCACCUCCUCAAGAAGCAUGAUGGACAGGAUGUUUGCACUAGAGCGUCUUGCUCGGACUGGGAUCAUAGUGACCACGAGCGAGGCUGUUCUGCUGCAGCUGGUGGCUGAUAAAGACCAUCCCAAGUUCAAGGAAAUCCAGAAUCUAAUUAAGGCGAGUGCUCCAGAGUCCGGUCUGCUUUCUAAGGUGUAGACUCUUUGAAGCACUGGUAUCCGUCCCGCUCACUGCUGGUGGGUGAUAGGACUCGAAGCCCAGACAAGCUCUUGUCUCCACCAAAACUAUGUUUAGUCCAAAGCCGCUCCUUCUUUGCAGCUCUUAGUAGCACGUAACUGGCUUGACCACUUGGGUACCAGAGUUUAGUCACAAUGUCAAGGCUUCAGGUGCUGCUUACGUUCUUUUUUCUUAAUGGGCUUUUAUUUAUUAAAACAAAAUUACAAUGGAGGUGCCUGUUUUGUCUAUACUGGAUACAAUGACCAUGCCUUCCAAAAGUGCACCCUCUGGUGAAGUUUUCCUAAGUUGUGCACUUUAAAGGAAAAAAAUAUAUAUGUUCCAAUAGUGAUUUGACUUUUAUAUAUUAUUGUGAGAUGUCUCUUGUAAUGUUGGUGUCGACCCAGUUCUCUCUUUCCACUGACCAAUUGAAAUCGAACUCCCUAUGUGAAUUUACAACAGGAAUCUGGGUCUCCUGCCCAGUACUCUUAUAAUGUUGUGGAGUAGUUCAUUAAGCUAGUUGUCUUGACUUAAAAAGACAAAUAAUGUUAAGUGAUUAUAUACCUUGUACUCAUGUUCUUGCUCAAGUCCUCUAUGUUUGAUUUUCUUACUCGGGUCAACAUUCUGUGUUAAUGCUCUGUUCCACUGAAUGUUUAAAUUAUCAUUGAUCAUAUUAAUUUUGUAAACAUGGAUUGAGUUGCAGUGCUGUGUAAAUGAUAGAGGUAUUUGUUAACAUAAUCAGCAUAGGUCCUUAUAUGAAUGCCUUUACCACCAUUGUGAGGGUUUCACUGGUUUGUACAGGGUUUAUUGGAAAAAUAAAGACUGGGUGAAAAAUGGAGCUUUGAAUCCCCCCCCCCAACUUUCCCUUUAAACCAUCAGUAAUGAUUUGGUAGUGCUAAUUCUGUGGUCCUUGUUACCCUUCAAUAAACUUGUUUUCAUGAAAUAUGUGUUUAGAGUGUUGAAAAAUGUUAAUAUGAUGUAAAAUGUGGAACAUUUCUAUCUUUUAUAUUAAAUUAAAGAAAACGGA